AUGAAGCGAGCUUUCUCUCCUGUAUGUUCACUCCCAUUUGCCCCACAACGUAAAGCCCUGGGGCCCGAUGUGGUCGACGGUGGUCCGGAGCAUUCAGACGGAAUGCCCUCCAACAAGCGUUUCACAGGAGAAAGCUCUGUCCCAGCAUGGAUUCGCGUACGGCUGGGAUCCGUCCUCUCCGUUCGGAAACUGUGGCUAACAAUUCUUUCGGCGGUCCUUCCUCUUCUGCUCUUCAUUGGACUGAGCCCAUACGACGUCAAGUACAGAUGCCUCUACAUCAUUCUUGUGAUCAUACUGAACUGGCUCAGCGCGGCGAACGAUGCAGUGGUGGUAGCGCUUUAUCCGCUGGUCCUCUGUCCCCUGCUUGGCGUAACGGGCGUGAAAACUCUAGCGCAGGCGUACUUCCGAUCCGUAUCUUUCCUUAUGAUCGGAACGAGCCUUCUGGGGGCCUCUUUCACGAGAACAGGCUUGGAUAAAACCGCAGCGUCCCUGAUACUGGACAAGUCUGGGUCCGAUCCAGCUAUUUUAUGUCUCGCACUAAUGGCAGCUUCCUGCCUGCUUUCAAUGUGGAUUAACAAUGCUAGUGCAACAGUAAUUUUAUGCCCGAUUGCUGGACGAAUCGUCAGCGAACUGGGGAGGCGCAACAACCGCAGGAAUCACAAACCUCCUCGAAAUCAAACUGGGCGAGUUUCUUCACGCGCUGAGAGUGACGCCCCGAGCGUCCCCGUGCCUCAGGCAGAACCUCGCUCCACGCCUCCCGAUGGAACGGCUGCAGUUUCGCGUUCUUCAAUGUCGCAAGAGACAACACCAACAAGCGUUCUAGCGAAGCUGCAAGAAAGCAAAGCAUCCUGCACGAGUGCUCCAGCAGGAAAGCCAGAGACAACAAACACAAGCCAGGUGUGGGGGGCUUCUCAGCGAAGCGUGAGUGGGCCAGUUCCCAGUCCUUCUUCCCGGGGAACAGCUGAAGGCAGCCAAAAUGGCAUCGUCUGCCUCAGGGAUGACAAUGGAAGUGUCGCGGCGAGCGACGCUGGAAAGAUAAAACGGGGGACUGGGGAGUUCGGAUACCACCCGCAGAAUAUGCGCCGCAUUCGAAACAUGAUUUACAUCGGCCUCGCAUACUCUGCUACUCUUGGCGGGACUUCAACGCUUAAUGGAUCUUUUGUCAAUCCCAUCCUUGUACAGCUCCUAGAAACGACCUAUAAUUUUGAGUCAUCUGCGGCUGUUUCUAAUCCGAUUACUGUUGGAAGCUGGAUGGGAUUUACCUUACCCUUCGUCUUCCUGGCUAUUUUUGGGUCCUGGCUGACUCUGGGCAAAGUGAAGACAGCGUUCCUCGUUGGAGUUGCUAUUCUAGUUCGGAUGAGUAACAACGCACCCGAGGAACAAUCAAGCGCAGGCGCCCCCGCAGCCGAGCGUCGUGCAGCGCAGGAUCGUGACAGCUCUAUGGAUAUGGAAGCUGCAAGGGAAGCCGUUGGCAUGGAGGCCCCCGGCUCGGAGGCAGGCGAGUGCCAGACCCCAGAUAGUCGUAGCCGCUGUAACGAGGAAACGAUAGAUGGCAACCUCACGUUUGCACAACUGGAAGUCAUGGGUUGCCUCGUCUUCCUGAUCGCUGCCUGGUUAACUCGCUCAGGCUUGCCAGGAGGUCGGCCAGGAUGGGGCUCCUUUUUCCCCGCUGGCUACGUGGAUGACUCAGUUCCUGUCAUCUUCAUUGGAAUCCUGCUUUUCUUUCUUCCUCUAAAGGCUCCCUGUACUCGUGGCAGCGUUAGCGAUAAACAGGAUCGUCCGCACCCUGAAAGGGAGGCUAGCACGGCCGAUAAGUGUCGAUCUGCAGUACGUAUGGGCGAAGAUCACCACGGUGUCUCACGCAGACAUGAGGGGUGCGAGCGACCUCAAGUAGAAGAUCCAUCUAGAGAUGCCUCGCACAGCAAUACACCGGAAUCAAGAGGCGUGCGAGUAUCCAGGAAACGCAACCAGAGGACAUACAGACCCAUCCUGGUAUACGCGUAUGCGUCAAAACACAUAGAAUGGGGAGCCUUGCUGUUGCUCGGAGGAGGAUUCGCCAUGGCCACAGCUAUUACGGAAACGGGGCUGGACAAGUGGCUGGGCAGUGCCCUCUUUGGUCUUGGCAACAUGAGCGCGCCGGCGCUCGUCAUUUGCAUUAUUCUGAUCACAUCUUCGGUCACUGAGAUCAUGAGCAACACCGCGGCUGCCAACGUGAUGUUGCCUAUCCUUUCCGGCGUCACAAGCAACAUCCCACGGAGUCCGCUUCUCCUACUUUUACCCGCCACACUUGGCAUUCAGUUCGCCUUCAUGUUGCCCAUCGGAACCGCCCCCAAUGCCAUCAUUCUGAAGCAAGGACGCUUACAUCCUUUGGAUCUGUUUGUCAGUGGGUUGGUCGUCAAGGUGGUAUGCCUAUGCCUGGUUAUGCUAGCUAUGUUUACUUGGGGUAACGUCCAGUUCGAUGUUACCGCCAGGCCUUUAUGGGCUCUAUAA